AUGCCUCCCGUCGCUGGCGCUGGCGGCAUGGCCGGUCCUUCUACCUUCGACAAAGCCAAGAUGGGCGCCAUGAUGGGUGGCACUGUUGGCCUAUGUAUCGGCUUCAUCUUUGGCGCCACAAACAUCAUCAGAUACGGGCCAGGACCGAAUGGAAUGAUGCGAACACUGGGGCAAUAUAUGCUAGGCUCGGCUGCAACGUUUGGCUUCUUCAUGUCAAUUGGCACAACAAUUCGCACAGAAAGCUCCCCAAUCCUCACAGAAGCCUUCCGAAAGUCCCAAUUGCGGAACGGCAGGCCCAUGAUAAUGCCUCUGGACCGGAUGCAGAAGAGUAGGAGAGUGUCGGAAAUGUCAUGA